CAGCGCGGCGGCUGCAGGAGGAACUUCGCUGGUCGUGCAGUUGGCAAAGUGACGAAGUUGUUCUCUGGGGGAGAAACUGACGGAAACUUUCCCAAAGCAGAAAGGAAAGAGGAACCAUGACUUCGACCAACGUGUUCCAGGGGCUGGAGAGCGGCUCCAAGCCCAGUUCGAGGGUUCUGCAGCCUCCUGGAGGUGGCUCUAGUAACCUGUUUGGGGGCUAUGAAGACGAUGGUGCAGCAUCAAGAAGACCGAAUAAAAUGGCCUCCAAAUUGUUUGCUCCACCAGAGGAAACCAUGAACGUGACCAGACGCUCCAAUCCUCCAGGUGGGAAGAGCAGCGGGAUAUUUGCGGAAGCUGAACCUCGUGCUCAGCCACAGAGACCCAAACCACCGGGGGGGUCCACUAGCAUCCUAUUCGGGGCUGCAGACAGGGCAACUGUGCAAAGCCCAAACAGAAACAAGCCAGUGGACAAUCUAUGUGUGGGACCGGAACCUAAAACACCAGCACCUGUGGUGAAGGAAGAAGUUGUCCGCCCGUCUCCCGUGGCAGCCAAAGAAGCUCCUGCUCCUGCCCCUGCUCCUGUGCCCGAGCCCAAACCCGCUACUUCCUCCCCUUCUUCCUCACCUCCUGAUGACGAGUCUUCACUGAAGAAACAUGAGCCUCACCUCGGACCCAGGCCUCGCUCUCACAACAGGGUCCUUAACCCGCCCGGAGGAAAAUCUAGCGUGAUGUUCUACUGAUCAGCUGAGCACAGCACUCCUCCCUGUUUUGUGUCUAUUAACUCCUUGUCUGAUACCCCGCUAAUCUUCUCUCAUUCCUUCACGCUUCUACACCCGGUUAUUUCACCUGUACGUCUAAACACACCAGGAAUUUUGUUUCCAUGGUCAUGUAUGUUCUCCCCAACUUCUUGCACUUUCUUUCCCAUUUCUUGCUCCUUGCUCUUUGUUCAAGUUGUAUUGUUCUUCACCGAAACCUGCUAUCGUACAAUCACCAACCAGUGAGCUGUUAGUCACUUGGACUGUAUCAAUAUUGCGGUUCCAUUUUUCUGUGUUUGACCAUGUGUAAAUGAAGUUUGGUUUAUGUGUCAAUCUUUAAAUCACGUAUUUUGCAUCUCAAGAAAGGUUGAGACAACUGAAGAAGCUUUAAAUGACUGUGGAUUAUAAUGUUCUGGUGUGAUUACAAUCAUUGCAUAGUGUCAUUGCAGGCCCCUCCUCAAAUUUCCCAAAAUAUAAAUUCAGACAUGAUGGGGUGAAUGGAUCUUUCACCAUUUGUAAUAUGUGAAAUGUUUCAGGGAGUGCCACCUUUAUAUUUGCUGCCAGUUCCAACAUAAAACCAUGUGUUUGGCAGUUAUUCCAAAUAUUGCAUGUUAGAAUUUCACAAAGACUUAAUACGAAGAAGCCUUAAAUUGCAUGUGUUAGAAUUUCACAAUAACUUGAUAAGCAGAAGCCUUAAAUCAUCCAAGUGUUCCUUCUUGCCUGGUUCUGAAUUUCAAUGUGUCUAGGGGGACAAACCGUGUUCAGGGAGAGAUGCCAAAAAAUAAUUGACCCCAAAACAAAGACGAAUGCAAUUGUCUCCUCCUAAAAGCUUUGGCUUCCUUAAAGAAAUUCCAUCUAGAUUUCAAUGCGAAUGUAUUGUGUGCAGGUACUUUCUGCUUUGUCCUCAUUGCUUGCGUCAUCUGAGAACAUGCCUUUUCUUUGCUUGGGGUAGGCCUCUGUUUAUGUUUUAAAUUAAAACGGCUGAAGACUGAACUCUGGACAAGCUCGUGGCCUACCUGAGUCUGGGUGGGCUCAUUGAUAAUCAACUUUACAAUCACUUCACAAUGCACAUUAAUGCUAUUCUGGUGCCAGCCUGUCCCCAGUGUGUCCAUGUGCCUGGCAGGCAAUGAGCGCAGCGGAAGAAAGAUAACCUGUGUAUUGCAAUAAAAUGUUGUUUUGCAUUAA